ACGUUCAACUGUCAAAUCUAUUACUUGAUUUGUGUGGAGAAGUGCAGAUGUGUGAAUUUUUCUUCUGGGUGAUCGUUGGCUCUUUCCAAGUGUAAAAAGUUUUUUGCAUUUUUAUAUCUUUGUACAACAGAUUUAUCAAUUCAAUAAAACUUGAAGUGUUUGGGACUGCGUGUGUUGUUAUUGUAGAAAUCAGAUAGAACGAUUGAGUCACAACAGAAGUGGCCACUAAAACUCUUAAACCUCGCAAAAAUAAAAAAAAUUGUCGCCCUUUAGUUGAAAUCUACUCAUUGGCGAAAUGGAGCAAACACAAAUAAGCGAUGUCGAGAAAGUGCGAAUCGUUUCUGAUUUCAUUAUGCAUGCACCACCUGGCGAAUUUAAUGAAGUCUUCACCGAUGUACGUCAAUUACUCAACAAUGAUGCGCUGCUAAAAGAGGGCGCCAGUCACGCCUUCGCACUAUACAACAAAGAGCAAUUAACACCAGUGCACAUUGAGGGCAGUGAAAAUAAUGCAAUUAUUUCAGAGUAUAAUGAUUUGGGCAAUGGUCGUUUUUACGAUCCCCGUACCAAGCAAUCUUUUAAAUUUGAUCACUUACGUAAAGAAGCUAGCGAUUACCAAGACAUGGAGCCUGACGCCACAGCAGAGCCAUGGCGCGCCGCUCUUGAUGUAGAAGCGAUCAACUAUACCAACAGUCAUUAUAGAAAUGGAGUUUCCUCGGUUUUUGGAAAAUCACAAGGCGGUCAAGUCACUCUAACACUUUGUAUUGAGGAUCAUCAAUUUCAACCAAAAAACUAUUGGAAUGGCCGAUGGCGAUCACAGUGGAGUAUUACUGUACAAUCGGGCAAUGGAACUGCUGAACUAAAAGGCGUGCUUAAACUACAGGUGCAUUAUUAUGAGGAUGGUAAUGUGCAACUAGUUUCUACCAAGGAGUUCCGUGAAUCUGUAGUCGUUUCCAAUGAGCAGCAAGUCGCAAAAGAAGUUAUACGUUUAAUCGAAGAAGCUGAAAACGAAUAUCAGUUGGCUAUUUCUGAGAACUAUCAAACGAUGUCUGAUACAACAUUCAAGGCGAUGCGACGUUUACUACCAAUCACGAGAACUAAAAUUGAUUGGGGAAAAAUUGUAACUUAUAGUAUCGGUAAGGAAUUAAAAACGCAAUAAAAUCCGGUCGAAGUCAAGGCAUCGCCGAGGGUGAAAAUUAUAUUGGUAGGAGAAGUCGCACAACAAUUAAAAUACAACAUUCUGAAGCGGCCUACCAGUCUUCGUUUAGCUGUCAAACAUAAAUAAGUCCAAAUAAAUAAGUCCGAAUUAUGAAAAUGUUGUGUAAUCUAAAAUUUUUAUUAUGCAAAGCAUCUUUACAUGAUAUUAAAUUUAUUAAGAAAAUCUAUUUAUAAUCACAAGCAGAAUAUUCAGUUAGCUGUUUUCUUGUUUCUAUCCUUGACAAAUUUCCGCGCUUCGUGCCGAGUUUUCAAUAGAUUAAAGAUAUCUUUCUUUACGUACACUGCCGGAGCAAAGUAUUGGCACAGCAAAUUUCUCACAAUAUAUGCAACAAUUUUCGU